UAUUUUAAUUUCAUAUGUUUGGGAUCGUGCCAAAAAAAGUUCCAGAAACUCUGUCGUCUGUGCCAUAAAAGGAGCUGUGACGCGCCAGGCUCAUUGCGCGCUCAGAUGUGGUUUGUGCCUGCUUGUGUGCGUGUGUGUGCGUGUGUGAGAGAGAGGGGGGUAAAGUUUUGUGUAGAGGGCGGGGGCGAGGCUGUGUAGUGUAGUCUGGCUCUGGACAGACCUGGUGCUGCGACCGGUUCAAGGAGGCUGUCAAAAGUAGCCUACGGUUCAGGGGAGAGCUCGGGGUAAGCGCACCAGUAACGCACGGCUUGGGACAGAACUACCUCACCUGCGCGGAGGAGGAGGACCCACUCUCAUCCAUUACUACUUCUUCUACUUCUCCCAUUGGAAAUAGUCUGCAGAAAGCUGGGGAUGGAGUGCACGCGGGACUUUAUUUCCUCCGCUAGGAUGUUUAUUCUCGGAUUGAUAGCAGUGCUUUCUCCGGCGCCAAACGCAGUGUGGAGUUUUAACCUUUACGCACAGCAUCCAAGCGUUUAUAAGGGACCUGAUGGAAGUUAUUUUGGUUAUUCUGUGGACUUCUAUCAAGCUACUACGGACAGCAACACGGUAAGCGUGCUGGUGGGGGCUCCCAAGGCAAACACAUCCCAGCCGGGGAUAGUGGAGGCAGGGGCUGUCUACUACUGCCCUUGGCCUGGACAGACUGACAGCUGCAGACAGAUACCAUUUGACAAUGCAAAUAACCGGAUGAUAAAGGUAAACGGCACUCGGGAGCCACUGGAAUUCAAGUCGCAUCAGUGGUUUGGAGCUUCGGUCAGAACGCACAGAGCGAAAGUAGUGGCAUGUGCCCCUCUGUACCACUGGCGCACGGUGAAACUGAGCGGGGAGCAGGACCCGGUGGGGACCUGUUAUGUGGCGGUCCAGAACUUCAGCGCCUACGCGGAGUACUCUCCCUGCAGAACCAAUGACCCAGAUCCAGAGGGACAAGGCUUCUGCCAGGCCGGCUUCAGUGUGGACUUCACAAAGGAAGGAACGCUGGUAGUGGGAGGACCUGGGAGCUUUUACUGGCAAGGUCAGGUGAUGACAGCCGGGAUAGCAGAGAUACUGAACGGUUACUCGCUGAAGGCAGUGCUCAGACGGGUGCCAGGAGAGAAGACCACUCGAGCUGUGGAGGAAAGCCAUGACGACAGCUAUCUGGGUUACUCUGUGGCAGUGGGAGAGUUCACAGGAGACUCGAUACAAGAGUUGAUUGCUGGAGUCCCAAGAGGAGCGCAGAAUUUUGGAUAUGUGGCCAUGAUUAACUCUACCAACAUGACCUUCCUCAUGAACUUCUCUGGGGAACAGAUGGCAUCUUAUUUUGGUUAUUCGGUGGCUGUCACUGAUCUCAAUGCAGAUGGGAUGGAUGAUGUGUUAGUGGGAGCGCCCCUGUACAUGGAGAGAGAGAUGGAGAGUAAGCCCAGAGAGGUGGGUCGAGUCUACCUGUAUCUGCAGCUGGGCCCUCUCACAUUCACCAGCCCUGUCACUCUCACCGGGACCUACACCUUUGGACGCUUCGGUACAGCCAUAGCACCCAUGGAAGACGUCAACCAGGAUGGAUACAAUGACGUGGCGGUGGGAUGUCCCUUUGGCGGAGAUGACCGAGGAGGACGAGUUUUUAUUUUCAACGGGAACAAAGAUGCCGCAUCUCAAGGUCUGACGAUGAGCCAAGAGCUGAAGUCCAGGGUGCACAACGGAGGCCUACCUGGGUUUGGGUUCACGCUACGAGGAGGACAGGAUCUGGACAAGAAUCAGUAUCCUGAUCUUAUUGUGGGGGCGUUUGGUGCAGGUGAAGUGUCUGUGUACAGAGCUCAAGCUGUGAUCUCGGUGGAGGCUCACAUGAUCCUGACUCCAAGAAUCCUGAACCCUGAAGACAGACAGUGUCACCUGCCUCGCACAAAUGUUAUGGUCACAUGUCUGAAGGUGGACGUGUGCGCGGCCGUGAGCGGAGUGGGCAUCCCCAGAUCAGUGGACCUGAAGGCCGAGCUGCACCUGGAUUGGCUGAAAGGCAGCAGAGGCGGAGUCAAACGAGUCCUCUUCACGGACACUCAGCAGCCACAGCGCACGGGCAUCUUAACCCUGGGCCAACGCACACCACAAGCCUGCAUCGCCUACACUAUAUAUCUGAGGGAAGAGGAUGAAUUCAGGGACAAGCUGACCCCCAUAGCUCUGGCUUUGAACUACAGUUUGGCUCCUUCUGUCCAAAGCAAAGAACUGCCCCCUGUCCUCAAUCACUACAGCAGCACCUUCCUGCAAGAGCAUGCCUACAUUCUCCUGGACUGUGGUGACGACAACAUCUGUAUCCCGGAGCUGCAGAUCUCCGCGACGAUGGAUCACUCAGAGUUGGUAAUUGGAGAUGACAACCUUCUCACGCUAAUCGUAAACGCAGCUAACCUUGGGGAAGGAGCCUAUGAGACCGAGCUGCAUGUCCUUCUACCUCCUGAGGCAGACUACAUCGGAGUGGAGCGACGUGUGGAGGCGCUGUCUCAGUUGAAUUGUGAGUACAAGAUGGUCAAUGAGUCCAGAAUGGUCGUGUGUGACAUGGGCAACCCGAUGGUGGCUGGAACACAGCUUUCUGUUGGUUUGAGGUUUUCCGUCCAAAGGCUGGAAGAUGCAGGACCCACAAUCAGCUUUGACCUCCAGAUCCACAGCUCCAACAAAGAUAACUCUGACAGUAACAGCGUGACUCUGGAUCUUUCCAUUGUUGCCAAAGCACAGCUGGAUUUACGUGGGGUGUCUCAUCCCUCUCAAGUGGUACUGCCAUUCCCCCGCUGGGAGCCCAAGAAGAAACCGGUGAAAGAAGAUGACGUGGGCCCACAAGUUACACAUAUCUAUGAGCUGCAUAACUGGGGUCCCAGCAGUAUUCAGGAGGCUGAGCUGCAGGUUGGCUGGCCAGCCCGUUUCCGCGAUGAGAACCUGUUAUAUGCUAUGGAGAUUCAAACUGACGGACCAAUUAGCUGCCGGACAAAUACCAGCCUCAACCCCCUCGGCCUCCAGAUCUCCACUGCUCAGGACACACCUGAACUUCUGGGAUUUCUGAGGAACACCAGCGCCCCCCACCACCGCGGCAAACGGGCCAUCUCCACAACUCACAGUUACACUGGCAAAACUCUGAACUGCACAAACAUCUCCUGCCUGAGGAUCCAGUGUGUGGUGGGGAGACUGGACAGAGGACAGAGCGCGGUGGUCAAAGUCCGCUCCCGAAUGUGGGCAGACACAUUUCUACAGCGACAUAAUGACCCCUACAUUCUCAACUCCACCGUGUCCUUCUUGGUCACUGCUAUGCCGUACCGCGUCCAGCCCACGUCUCUACCUCAGCACUCUACCUCGAUGGGUACUCAUGUAUUAUGGGGCACUCCAGAUGUGUCCUUUGCGGUUCCACUUUGGGUUAUCAUCCUUGCCAUUUUGUUGGGGCUGCUAGUGUUUGCAAUGCUAACGUUGGCAAUGUGGAAGUGUGGUUUCUUUGACCGAGCGCGACCACCAGCCAAUGACGAUGUUUCCGACCAGGAGCAGCUCACCUCUGAUCACACGGGGGAUGCCUAAGACUUUACUUCUCAAAUACAGACAAUAAUUUGGGAAGAAAACGUGCACCUUCUGUGAAACUUAAAUCUGUUGACGCUAAUCAGCAGGUGUUUGGGUUUGCGUGAAGUCCUCUAACAAUCGGAGGGCUGUUGCACCAAUGAACAAAGUCUGGACAUGGAGCUCCAUUUGAUAAUCUGUCUAUUCUGACGAAGCAGCCGAACUGAACCGGAUACAAAGGGCUGUUGUGGGGGCAAACCAUUACAGCUAAAAUGGUUUUGCGUAUGGAGCCGUUAGACGCAAUAAAACUUCAGGUCAAGGCUAGAGGGGGGCGAUAUUGACAAAAAUGAAUAUCCCAAUAAUUUUUGCUUUAUCUAUAACAAUAUUGAGAUUAUAUUUGCAUCAGGAAUGUGUUUAAUGUUAAUGUUUUGGUUGAGGUUCAAGUAUUGCACAAAAUGGGAAUGGACCCUAAAAUGAAGUACUGAAAUAUCACAAACCCUUUUUGAAGAUUAUACGAGAUGCUUCUCUUAAUCUUUUUUUUUUUCAUUGGGGCUACAACGAUUUCUUGGAAUAUUCAUUGCAUUUUGAUAAUUGUAAUUGUUAUUUGAACUAUACAGACUUUAAAACAAAAUGCCAUAAGACCUUUCAUAACAAAGACAGCAGCAUUAUUAAGUCAAAAUUUCAAAUAAUAAACAAUUUUCCAGAUUCUUUUUUGUAAUAGACAAGGCAAGACAAAGCAAGUUUAUUUAUAUAGCACAAGUCAUACAUAAAGUAAUUCAAAGUGCUUUACAGAAUAAGAACGACAUUAAAAUCACAAUACAAAUAAAUCAAAACACAAAUCACAAAUAAUCAUCAUAAAAUUUGCAUUAAAAGGGAAGAGUGCAGAAUAAAAACCUUAUAUGGACAGCUAAACAGAACCAUACACCUAUUUGUAAAUAUUUUAUAUAUAGAAGCAUCCAGUGUUUAUCUAUCAACCUUUAUUUGGUUAAAAUGUAGUUAAAAAUCUCAAUGCACUAUAGAAAUAAACAAACUGAAUCUAAUCUAAAAACUUGUCGCUGACUUGUCGUCGACUACUAAAACAAUUGUUAGUAGCAUCCCUGUUAAAAAUAGAUUCUGGAUAUUCUAGUUUUCCAUUUAUCCAGAACAACACUUGCGAUGUUCCAUUUCGUUAUAUCUCCCACCUCUAAUCAAGGCACAUGGGACUGUAGUGAGUAUGCAGGCUCUGUAUAUAUGUAUGUGUGGCUCUUGUGUUCCCUUGUAUUGAAUUGGGCGUCUUCUUGAUCUAAUUUGUCCUCAUUGUCUCACCACAGCGGAUCUAUACACCAAACACAGAAGCAGCCACAUAGUAAACAUAAAGGGCACACCGCUGAUGUAUAUUUAUGAAUGUAUGUGCAAUAUUGUUGAUACUGAAGCUUGUUUACACUGGCAUAAUUUUAUUGUUGUUUUCUUUGUCUCUGUAUAUAAGUGGUAUUUUAUUAGUGUAAAUGAAAAACAAUGGUCUUGAAUUGAGCACCACCAUGUAACGUUUGAAAGCAAAAAAGUAAAUUAUUGUUUUAAGAGAAUGAAUGAGUUUUAUCUGCUAAAAUGUUUUGUCCAAUGCAAUUCCUGCCUUGCCUCUUUUACAAAUGUCUAUGUUUAAUCGCCACGGCAGCCAGGAUUCUAGACAUAAAUGUUUCAUAUCAAAAGCACAACUUAAUAUGAGGCGUUCUGUGGGACAAUGUGGAUUUUAUCAGUGUGUUGGACUGAUUGUAACCAGAGCUGAAAUGAAUUUGAAGGAAACUCUUUUAUGCUUGAGUCAUAGUUGUGUUUUAUAUCUUGUGUGAACUUUAUCAGAAUAAAGUGGUGUUGGAG